UCCCAGCUUCUCCACGCAGCCUCCUUCUUCUUGCGCAGCUGUCGGAGUUUGGGUGUGAACCAGGGCUUGUCAUUGUUAUAACAAGCCCUGGUGCGCGUUGGAAUGAUGCGCGCCUCAUUGAACUGUAUGUACGAGGUCACAGUGUCCGUAUACUCGUCCAGAUUGUCCGUGGCCGCUCCAAUUGCCUCCCAGUCUGUCGUCUCCCAACAUGCACGCAGCUCGUCCACAGCCUCGGCGGUGAAACACUUAAUGGUCCUCAUACCAGGAUUAGCCAGUUUCAGUCUCUGUCUGUAUGAAGGGAUUAAGUGCACCAUCACGUGAUCUGAUAGUCCAAGAGCAGCGCGCGGGACUGCAUGAAAAGCAGCAAGAGAUCACAUUUGAUUGCAGCAGCUGUCAAAGAUGAAGUAUCCUUCCAGCGACGGGCUGUCAAAGCCGAAGUGACAUCCAUCGCUGUCAAUCACGGCAGCCAGGCUGUGACCUUUAAACCCCGCCCCCACACAUGGUGACGUCACAGCCCAGACGUGGCACUACAGCGGCCCCGUGUGGCAAAGUGUCACACUGCUGGACACGAAGCUCCGCCUCCUCCAGCUGACGCUGUCAGGCUGCGAGGUGAGGAUGAGGAUGAGGAUGAGGAUGAGGAUGAGGAUGAGGAUGAGGAGAUGAUUUCAUCCUCCAACAACAACAACAACAACAACAACAGCGGUGUCAAGGAGGACCGGAAGGAGAAUGAUGUGGUCCGCGGCUGGAGGAGGAAGGAGAAGCACGGAGACAGCUGCUCUCCUCCCUCCUCUUCCUCCUCCCUCCUCUUCCUCGCGUCUUCCGCCCUGCAGGCCCAGCGUCCUCCCGACAACACCACCCCGCACCUCCGACACACUUCCGACAACACCACCCUGCACCUCCGCCACCAGCUCUGCGGGAAAAGCGCGCUGGAUUGCGGCGUGAGGAGCAGCGGAGGAGGGGCGGAAGGGGGGGGAGGGGGAGGGGGAGAAGGGGUGGUGGUGGUGGUGAGGAGGCCGCAUGACGACUCCAAAGAUAAGGUGGAGCCCAUGUUCACUCCCAAGGCGGCCCCUGCUCCGGGCCCCCCGCCGCCCCCGGCCGCCGCCUCCCUCCGCCCUCCGACGCCACCCUCCUGUCACAGAGCCAAGCCAAGGACCAGGUCCGUGGGCACCAACACGCAGGACGCCGGCGCCACCUCCGGGCCGGACAGGGACUCGGACUCGGCGGGCCCCUGUCAGCCUGGGACCAGCGUCAACCUGGAGGGCAUCGUGUGGCACGAGACGGAAGAAGGUGUGUUGGUGGUCAACGUGACGUGGAGGAAGAGGACCUACGUGGGAACGCUGCUGGACUGCACCAAACAUGACUGGGCUCCUCCCAGGUUUUGUGAGUCUCCAUCCAGCGAUCCAGAGAUGCCAGGUGGCCGUGGCCGUGGGAAAAGGAUGCGGCUUGCAAUGGCGGAGCGUCCCUGCGUCGAGGUCGCCCCUGCGGUAAAAGUCCGGGGUCUUCUGCAGCACCGUAGCCGGGGUGGCGGCAUGGCAGCCUCACCCGUCCACAGCAAGGGUCAUCGAGGCAGCUUGAAGCUCAUCAACAACUGUCGGACUUCUCCGUCUUUCUUUACCAUGGAGGACGGUAACGCUGCUAACGGCGCCGCCGCUCUGCCAUCUGGAAAGAGAAAGAUCAAGUUGCCGGCUGAUCUGGACCUCAGUUUGGUUUCCUCUGACAACAUUACGAAUGGGAAUGGGAAGAGGAUUCGAGCCAAGUCCCGCAGCGCCCCCUCCACACCUCAAGGCAAGUCCGACCCCUCGUUCAUGGACCCGGGGAGAGGUUGCACCUCCUCGCCGCCCCCGCCACCCAUUCUCAUCGACUGCCCCCACCCCAACUGCACCAAACGCUACAAGCACAUCAACGGGCUGCGCUACCACCAGACGCACGCUCACCUGGAAGCAGAAGAGCCGAGGAAGCCGGAUCGGGACCACGUGAAGGACGGUGAGAGUGAGGAAAGAUUGUCAGACUGUGAGGAAUCCGUCAGUCACAUGACCUACGACCCCUCGGAGGCAAACAACAGCCUGACUAAAAAAGCGGCGCCCUUAUACAAGGUGACCACUGUGGGUUCACCCAAGAAUAGACGGCUGCUCCUCAGUACAGACCACAGUUCUCCUUUUAUCUCCAAAACCAGGAGAAGCUCACUGCUAAAGGACGGGCUGAUUGACGACCUCAGCAACCUGCCCAUCAUCUCCAACAUGACAGUCGUACUGGAGAACUGCAUGGUUGCAGACAGGAGCUCUGCAAUAGAGAUGCCCAAGCUGGAAGCUGAAGGUCUGAUUGACAAGAAGGUUCUUUGUGACAGGAGCAAAAAAGCCAAUGGGAAGGUGGACAAGUUGUCCAAGUCUCGCACCAACCGGCCAAUCGCCCCAGCACCCGCCCCUCCCAAGCUAAUCGCUAUACCCAAUGCGUCGUAUCCUGGGGUCCCUGCAGAUGCUUCUACCUCCCAGCAGCCUUCAACCAUUGCAGAAGUGGUUCUGAGCAGUAAGAAUGUGUCUCUGAAGGCCAUCAAACCAAAGCUCAGCAUCGUCGUGGAGCCCAGCCUGGUCAAAGACAGGCUGCUUGGCUGCAAAGAAACCAGGAAGAAGGAGAAGAGGAGGCUGAAGGACAAACACAGCAGGGAUGCACCCACGAGAUUGCCUCAUGGCGAUGACAGCGGGGUCAAAAUAGAAGACGGCACCGCCAAAAUAAGUGCAAAGGAGAUCUGUGGGAGCCUCCUGAAAGAGCACCUGAGCAAGCAGGAAGUGAUGAACGGCUUCAGCGAGAGUCAGGAGAGCAGGAUGGCAAGCAUCCGUGCUGAGGCCGACAAGGUGUACACCUUCACGGACAACGCUCCCAGUCCGUCCAUCGGCUGUUUAUCGCGGCUGGAUGCCGGCGGAAGUUGUCUGCCGAUGUCCGACAGCAAGACCAACAGCCCCGCCUACUCUGACAUCUCUGAUGCCGGUGAGGAUGGCGUGUCCUCUGAAAGUCGCUUGGAUGCAAUCAGAUCCAAGUCUGUUUCUUCUGCUGAGCUCAACGCUAACAGUAACCAUAGCAACGCCAGAAGGACACCCCCUGCAGGACCGGGCCCCUCCUUGAAAGAGCCCCAGUCCCCAUACUACCACAGCUUUGAGCCUUACUUCCUGCCGGGUUACGUCCAGACCGACAGGCAUAACACUGUUGGCGCCUUUCACAAAGGUUCCUCUCCCGAUGCUAAAAGUAAAGAGGAUGGAAAAGAGGAGGACAAUGGCUCCCCCCGUGACUUUGCUGACUGUAAAACAGGUGAAGAGUCAGCUCCGUCUCAGCUCCAGCUGGCCAUGAGUCAGACGCAGACCGCCUUGGCCCAAUCUCUGUACUAUGGACAGUACUCGCGAGGACUUUACAUGGACCAGAAACUCUUACUGGCCUCUAAAUGCUGUGAGCAGAAGAGGGGACAUGGGGGACGAGAGGGCGAGGAUGUCAAACAUCUGGGUGGGACCUCGUCCAGUGGAGGAAAAGGUCCAGAAGGGGCAAAAGGGUGCUGUCCAAAAGCCAUCCUGUCUUAUUUGGAGGUGAAUGAGCGGGGAGAUAGGGGUCUGGGCGUGAAGGUGGUCUCAACCAAAGACUGUGAUGACAUCCAUUCAGCGUCCACCUUGUCCCAACAUAACCCCAACAGUCACAGUGAGCUGGACUCAAACCUUUCCUACUCCAGUCCCCCAGACGGCCCGACGUGGGCUCAGCCCAUGGUUCACAGCAAAUAUUCGGAGCUGCAGAUUCCACUUGGAGAGGCAGCCAAUGAAGGGGACGCAGAAAGGUCCAAAGAAAGAGGGACCACAGUGGAAACUGCUGGGCCCAAGUCUCCCAUGGCGAGAGGAGGCGGCGGCGGCCAUGAUGCUAAAAAACCCAUAGUCCGUGGAUCGCAGGAUGUGACACUCAUCGACUCAGAGGACUCGGAUGGCCUAGACGGGCUGCAGGAGCCGAUGGGGGCCCUGUUGGGGGAGUCCCAGAGUGCCCGGGUGGCGAUCUCGCCUCCCAUGACCCCCCAGCAGCCCUACAUGCAGUACCAGCACUCCUCGUACCCACCCUACUUGGCCAUGUGUGAGAGCGACGAGGGCUCCUACCGAGGGGUGUCUCCCACCCUGGUCCACAAUUACACUGGUUUCUCCUACCCUCUGUACGGUAAGACGGCGGGCAGAGAGGAGUCAGAGGUGACUCUGCCUUGCAGAGGAGGCGUGGUUAGUGGCAAACAGGGCAUGGACUCAUCCUCGUCUUCCACCAUGGAGAUGCUGAAGCAAUGCCACCAGUUCCACGGGAAGUCGCCCGCUGCCGGUGAAAAAUGUUCCUCUGAGGUGGAACAUGAGAUGGACCGCGACAGGAGUCGCGUGUCGUUGGGUCGCCACCUGCACACACACCAUCACACACACCUUGGCGUCAGCUACAACCUGGUGUCUGGACAGUACAACAUUUACCCAGGUCUGAGCUCCAGGUCGCUGGUGUCGGGUCAGCAGGCGUCAGGACGCUCCUCAGCUGACAGCGACGUGAAGAAGUAGGACCAUGACCUGACCACGUGCAGGUUCUAUGGUGUGAAAGAAGUAGGACCAUGACCUGACCACGGGCAGGUUCCAUGCUGUGAAAGAAGUAGGACCAUGACCUGACCAUGUGCAGGUUUCAUGGUGUGAAAGAAGUAGGACCAUGACCUGACCACGGGCAGGUUCCAUGGUGUGAAAGAAGUAGGACCAUGACCUGACCACGUGCAGGUUCCAUGGUGUGAAAGAAGUAGGACCAUGACCUGACCACGUGCAGGUUCU